AUUCAUACGUCCAUGGUACGUCGUUUGUAAAUUUUUCUGUGACCUCUGUGCUCUGUGGUUUGCCGUUAUUCAUGGUUAUUUGCAAAAAUGGCGGCCGUGCUGGACGAGGUCGGUAAAUCCGCUGAGAAACUCGUGGACGAGGAGAAGAACGAAAUCGUCGACGAAGAAGACAAAACCGGAGCAGCAGAGGCGUCGAAGAAGAAGAAGAAGAAAAAAAAGAAGAAGAAAGCCGGUGCUGGAGAAGCUAGUGCAGAUGUGCCAGAAGGGGAAGAAGAUAAAGCUAAGGAUGACAAUGCAGUGGCCGAAGGUACCACAGAGGUGACAGAGAACAAUGGUGAAACUGAAGAAGUCAAAAAGAAGAAAAAGAAGAAGCGUAAACCCAAAGAUAAGGGUGGGGUUAAGCAGCAAACGGAUCCACCGAGUAUUCCUGUGUCGGAAUUGUUCCCGGAUGGUAAUUUUCCAGUGGGACAAAUAAUGGUUCACGGACCCGCCGGGGUAGACGACAGGAUGGCCAAAUUGCGCUUUACGAGCGAGGAGGCGCGCGCUCUCGACAGAAUGCAUAAUGAUAUUUAUAAUGAAGCCAGACAGGCAGCCGAGGCGCAUCGGCAAACCAGGAGGCACAUCAUGGACUGGAUCAAGCCGGGAAUGACUAUGAUAGAAAUUUGUAACGAGCUGGAGGAAACUGCUCGGAAAUUGAUAGGAGAGGAUGGUCUCCUGGCUGGAUUGGCGUUCCCGACUGGUUGUUCCCGCAAUCAUUGCGCGGCUCACUACACUCCGAACGCCGGUGAUCCAACUGUUCUCGAAUUCGAUGACGUCACCAAGAUCGACUUUGGUACUCACAUUAAUGGGCGAAUCAUUGAUUGUGCGUUCACUUUGAUUUUCAAUCCCAAGUACGACCCGCUGAUUGAGGCUGUUCGCGACGCCACCAAUACCGGUAUCAAGGCCGCUGGUAUCGAUGUACAAUUGUGCGAUGUUGGUGCUGCUAUUCAAGAAGUUAUGGAAUCAUACGAGGUAGAAUUGGAUGGCAAAACGUAUCAGGUGAAAUCAAUUAGAAAUCUGAAUGGCCAUUCGAUUUCACCUUACCGUAUACACGCCGGAAAAACGGUACCAAUAGUUAGAGGUGGCGAAGCAAUCCGAAUGGAAGAGAACGAGUUCUAUGCGAUCGAAACUUUUGGAUCUACUGGUAGAGGCGUGGUUCACGAUGACAUGGAAUGUUCACAUUACAUGAAGAGUUUUGAUGCUGGUUUCGUGCCAUUGAGAUUGCAGAGCAGCAAGUCUCUUCUCAACACUAUUAACAAGCAUUUCGGUACUUUGGCUUUUUGUAAACGUUGGUUGGACCGCGUCGGUUGUACCAAAUACCAAAUGGCGCUGAAGGAUCUUUGCGAAAAAGGCGCCGUAGAAGCGUAUCCACCGUUGGUCGACGUCAAGGGCUGUUACACUGCUCAGUUUGAGCAUACACUCGUUCUGCGUCCCACAUGUAAAGAAGUCAUUUCUCGCGGUGACGACUAUUAAAGUGCAGCCGUUGUUUUACAUGAAUUAUUAUCGGAUGUCAAGAUGUAUUUUAAUCUCGAUGUAACAUCAUUGUCGAAGCAUCGAACACUCUGCAGUAUUUGAUGCGAAAAAUAAUCAUUGUAAUACGUUAGUAACGACAUUUCUGAGUGUACUAUCCGUAACUUCGGUUUUUUCUCAAUCGCAAAAAGGUACCAAGUAGCAAGAUUCGACAUAGAUGAUAAAAGUACCGUAUAUACCAACAACAAUUUAAAACAAGUGUUUCCAUGCG